AUGGUUAGAAGAGAAGAUCUACCCGAAGGUCUAAUAGUCGAUGAGCUGACAACGUCAGGUGGAGAACCGAAAGGGCGGAAAAAGAAGCAACCGAAGUUAUCCUUUUUGUUUCCAAUACGCAGAAGAAGGUCCUUCAACUACUAUCCAAUCAAGGCGGCACCCAAAUUCACAUCUGAGGACGAGUUUGAAAAGUUUCUCGAUACACACGGUGGAGAAGUCAUGAAAGAAAUUCUACCGCAGUCCAUGGCUGCCUACCAGUUCACGAAUAUCAUGAGUCUUAUUCCCACGAUCAACAUUUAUCCACAAUUGAUGCAUAUGCCCCUCAACAACCCAUCUUCCGGGACAGUGAGCAGCAAAAAAGUGAAAUCGCUAGCGCCUCCUAGGAUUCAGAGACCACAGCAACUCACUUACAGCGAUAAUGUUCAAUACAAGGAGAGAGUAUUCAGGGAUUAUAGACAGGCAGCGUUUGAAACGAAAGGCAGCAUUCCACCAAAGCUUCAUGUUUUAUUUCCUCUUGAGGCACAAAGCUUCACCAGUAAGGAAAAAGAACAGCUCGAGACCAGACUCCUUUUUGAGCUCCUUUUGAGAAGAACAAUCGCAGCAAAAAUUGACUUCAGGCUUAAGCAGCAGGGCUUCCAUAAAAAAGAAAGAAAACCAAAGGAGAAGCCUAGCCAGAAUUUCCUGUCUUCCUCUUCCUCGGGCCCCUCCGAUCGUCCGGACAAGCACAUCGGUAAGAGAAGCCGUCGUGAGCCUAGAACCCCACGAAACACCAAACCUGCUAAAGAAUCAGAUAACCAAAAUGCUUCGCUUCUUUCUGAUCCACUUCCAUCUCCACAAAUCAGCUUCAAUGCUAACAUGUUUGAUCCAGUGUACAACAAUUCGCCCGUGAGUAUCGAGGAUUGGAAACAAAGAUAUAUUUCAUCGCUUGAUAAGUCGCCUGGUAGAGGAUCAGGCAACUCACAUUUGGUAACCAACGGCAACGGACACCGUAAGACACCUUCCCAAACAUACGUCUACAACUUUGAUAAUGUUGACCUUGUCUCUAAAAGAGAGCGCUCAACGCCAAACUUGUCGAAUGUUGCGCUUUACUCAAUGCAGCCGGUAACAAGAUCAGAAGCAACAUUCACAUCAUCUGAGGAGAACUCUGCAGAGCCUAUGUUACCGAAUGUCUACACCCAUAGAAGUUCGGACUCGACAGCAGAGACUAAGAGUAAUUCUCGCGGGUCCGCCUCAACUGAUCAGUGUCCAAAUCAGGAGAAGCGAACAUCUGAAUCUACAACCAACACCUCAGUUCUUCAGAGUUUAGAGGACCUCUCCGAAUCCGUCUUUCACUAUUUGCGAUCCGAAGGCGCUAUGGUACACCACAGGUAUUCACUCGAUGUGUCCCUGGGUGUCAACCCCGAUUCGUUGCAUAAUUCCCCGGAUCCUUCCAAAGCUUCUUCAAAUCUAUUCUUCCCAAAAUCUCCUCGUCAAAACGGAAGAUCACAACCUCUUAAUGUUCCAACGACGCCUACGGCGAUCAGGGAAAACAAAUAG